UUCGCAGUUUCAGUUUUACUUUGGAAGCGUAUAGUUCAUAAUCAAGCGCUGAGUGGUUUUACACUUACAUAUAAGAAAACAGAAAAAAUAACUUGAAAACAUACAAAUAUUGUGUUAAUUUAUUUUAUAUAAAUUUUUUUUUUUUUUGCUCUGACAAAAUGAAAUUUGUCAUUUUGCUGUUCGCGUUGUCGCUGGCGGCGUUGGCUACUGCCCAACAUGCGAGCAGCUCACACCUAGUUUGCUACUAUGAUGGCAACAGUUAUGUGCGUGAAGGUCUCUCCAAAUUACACACAAACGAUCUUGAACCCGCAUUACAAUUCUGCUCUCACCUGGUCUACGGCUAUGCCAGUAUCAGUCAGACAUCAAACAAACUCGUCAGUCCUAAUGAUAAACUCGAUCUGGAUAUCGGUGCUGGUCUUUACCGUACAGUGACUGGUUUCAAAAAGAAGUACCCACAUUUGAAGGUCUUGUUGAGCGUUGGCGGCGAUAGAGAUGAAGUUGAUCCCGACAAUAACAAAUAUUUGACGCUUUUGGAAAGCGCCAAUGCUCGCAUACCAUUCAUAAAUAGCGCCCACUCGCUGGUAAAGACUUACGGUUUUGAUGGUCUUGAUUUGGCUUGGCAGUUCCCCAAAAACAAGCCCAAGAAGGUGCACAGCGGUAUUGGUAAAUUUUGGAAGGGUUUCAAGAAAAUUUUCUCCGGCGAUUUUGUGGUCGAUGAGAAAGCCGAGGAACAUAAGGAGGAGUUCACUGCGCUGGUGCGUGAAUUGAAAAAUGCAUUACGUCCCGAUGGCUAUCUCUUGGGUCUCUCUGUUCUACCCAAUGUGAACUCGUCAUUAUUUUAUGAUGUCCCCGCUAUUGUGAACAAUCUCGAUUACGUCAAUUUGCACGCUUAUGAUUUCCAAACACCUGAACGUAACCCUGAAGUUGCCGACUUCCCAGCACCAAUCUAUGAAUUGAAUGAACGCAAUCCCGAAUCAAACAUUAACUUCCAAGUGCAAUAUUGGUUGAACAACCAUUGCCCUGCCACUAAGAUCAAUGUUGGUAUUGCCGCCUAUGGACGUGCAUGGAAAAUGACGAAAGAUUCCGGUCUCACUGGUUUACCACCAGUGGUUGAGACUGAUGGUGUUGCACCAGCUGGUACUCAAACACAAAAACCUGGUUUGCUCAGCUGGCCCGAAGUGUGCGGCAAAUUACCAAACCCUGCCAAUCAGCAUUUGAAGGGUGCCGAUGGUCCACUACGUAAGGUUGGUGACCCCACCAAACGUUUCGGUAACUAUGCUUACCGUUCGGCUGAUGACAGUGGUGAAAAUGGCAUUUGGGUGGGUUAUGAUGAUCCCGACACUGCAGCCAACAAAGCAGCAUUUGUUAAGUCCAGAGGUUUGGGUGGCGUCGCUUUGGUUGACUUGUCAUUCGAUGAUUUCCGUGGUGCUUGCACCGGCGAUAAGUAUCCCAUCUUGCGUGCCAUCAAGUUUAAGUUGUAAGUUGUGAAGUCUUCUGAAGAGAAAAUUAUAUUAAGAAAUAUCCUUGUUGAAAGCUUUUACAAAUGUUUGAUUUUUUGCUUUUGUUCACGUUCAUUGUCUGGAGUAGGCGUUAUAUAAAAUUGUCACAUUUUCUGAAAUAAACGAUACAAAUUAUUAAGUAAAA